AGUUGUUGCUCAAAGCACACACUCGGUAAUGCCAGUGGAGCGGGUGCCGACUCCAUGUCAGAUUCCGCCGAUUUGGGAGCGUAAUGCAGAAAUGUUCGAAGAUGCGAGAAAUUUCAUUGAAUACGUGUCGACUUACUUGGCAAAGGAUUUUUAUAAGCUUACCCUCUACGCCUACACUGUUCUCUUGGCUUUUUUCAUUGCUAUAAUUGAAGCACGGCACUAUGAUUUCAAGCAGAUGGGCGACACAAUUUUCAUUCUGGCCAUCUUUGUGUUAUUCUGUAUGGGAGCCACUUGCAGUUUCACAUUUUUCGCCAUGACUUGUCGUCAUGCUCUUUUUCUGGUCCCACUCCUCUUUCUUCAAGUCUUUGUGCUGCUCUACGGAAUCACCAAUUACUUCUGUCCAUUUGUGUUGACAAACGAGGCUCCUAUGAAAGCUGAUAUGGAUAUGGAGAGCAGUGAUAUUGCCAAAUGGAUAUUCUGCGCAAAAAUGGUGAUCUACUCGGUGUUUCGUGUUACUCCGCUUUUGGUUCAUUUUCUACUCACCAUGAUAACCAUCAAGUCUGUCGGUUGCAUGAUGAUCGUUCAGGUAUGUGGGUCAAAUUUUGUUUUAAAAAACUAA